UUCGAGAGCAGAUUGUCGACAAUGAAUGUCGCGAUAUCCGUGCCUGCGACAGUCAAGAGCGUUUCCUUCUCAUUUCUCUCUAGCGAGGACAUACGCAGAAUUUCCGUCAAGCAAAUAGUUAACCCAGUGUUACUCGACGACCUCAACAGACCGAAUAUCGGCGGCCUUUAUGAUCCAGCUCUCGGCCCAAGUGAUCGACAGGACAUUUGUGCGACUUGUCAUCUGAACUAUUUCACCUGUCCUGGUCACUAUGGACAUAUCGAGCUUCCUGCUCCAGUGUAUCAUCCGCUUUUUAUGACGCAUAUGUACAAUCUUCUUCGCGGUACCUGUCUAUUUUGCCAUAGGUUCAAAACGCGUCAAUCGGUGUUGUGCAAGUAUGCUGCAAAGCUACGGCUUCUGGAACACGGUUUAUUGGAUGCUGCGCUUGGCAUGGACGACCUCCACAUACAGGACAAGGGUAAUGGCGAGGGCGAGGAUGAAGAUUCACGAGGGGAAACCGUCGAGGAGUUUGAAAAGCGUGUGGAGUUGUAUGUCCGAAUCCAUCUUUCCCGUGCACGCAGUAGAAGGGACCAGUACAAGGACGAGCUCGUUUAUCAAGCGAGGAAAGACGUCAUUACAGACUUUCUGAAGUCUACCAUUGCCAAGAAGUGUCAAAAUGCAGGAUGUGGAGCUUUUGGCUACACAUUCCGCAAGGAAGGAUCUACAAAAGUCAUAGAAUACGAUCUUCCAAUCAAGCAAAAAAACCAGCAUUUUGCAUUAAGCCUCCGCCGCCCCGAUGUACUUUUAUCUGAAGGUCAACGGGGCGAAAGAGUUGAGCAACAUCUGGAUGAUCAGAUCCUUGACGAUGACGACGCUCCGGCGUCAGAACCUGAAGGGGAUAUGGCAUAUUCUGAAGAAGAAGAAGAAGAACCAUCAAAAAAAGAAAAAGAGUCACUUCCAAGGACGGCUAGUGGAAGGGUGAAGACCUCGCGUGGUCGUAAUGAAAGGGUGAUGGCACCAGAGGAGUGCCGGGCACAUCUUCGUCGUCUUUUUGCAAAUUGUCCUUUGAUGUGUUCUCUACUGUUUGGGCGGCAUGGGCCAUUCACGCCACUUUUACGCAACGGGCUCACCCGUGCUUCCCCAGACAUAUUCUUUAUGGAGGCAAUCCCUGUACCACCUACGCGUUUCCGACCUCCAGCGAAAAUGGGCGAUUCGUUAUUUGAGCACUCUCAAAACGAAUUACUGGCCAAGAUUUUGAACACAUCAUACAGAUUACGAGACUUGACUGCAGAUCUCCAGGUCUCCUCAGCGAAAUUUUCGACUAUCGACGAUUCUUCUCGCAGACGUCUAUUGGGAUCACUCUUGGAAACCCUUGUUCAGCUACAGGUGGAUGUGAACAGCUUCAUGGACAGCAACAAGAACCCAGCGCCUGUACGUCAAGGAAAGCAACCUCCCGCCGGAGUGAAGCAAGGGUUGGAGAAGAAAGAAGGCUUAUUCAGGAAGCACAUGAUGGGAAAAAGGGUCAAUUAUGCUGCGCGCUCAGUUAUUUCUCCUGAUGUUAACAUUGAACCCAACGAAAUCGGAGUCCCACCGGUAUUCGCCCGUAAAUUGACCUUUCCCGAGCCCGUCACUCCCAUGAACUUUCAAAAGUUGCGACAGUGGGUUAUCAAUGGACCAAAAUGCUAUCCGGGUGCUACAAUGGUAGAAUACGAGGAUGGCCGUCAACAGUCUCUGGAAAAACUCACCGUUGAACAACGUACAGCCAUUGCCAAUCAAUUAUACACUCCACAAGAUGGGGGUGAGCACAACGGCCUCUCAACUAGAACAGCUUCCAUCAAUAAGAAGGUCUAUCGACAUCUACAGGACGGGGAUAUUUUAAUUUUGAAUCGCCAACCUACAUUACACAAACCUAGUAUGAUGUGCCACCGAGCUCGCAUUCUACAUGGCGAAAAGACCAUUCGAAUGCACUAUGCGAAUUGUAAUUCAUACAAUGCGGAUUUUGACGGAGACGAAAUGAACAUCCAUUUUCCUCAAAACCAGGUGGCGAGAGCCGAAGCAACGUAUAUCGCCAACACCGACAACCAGUAUCUUGUCCCCACAUCGGGAAAACCACUCCGCGGUCUGAUUCAGGAUCAUGUCGUUGCUGGUGUAUGGAUGACUUGUAAAGACACAUUUUUUUCGAGGGAAGAGUACUUCCAACUGCUUUAUGGUGCCCUUCGACCUGAGGGAGAGUUUGGUACUGACUCGAUAAGGACUCUCCCUCCUGCGAUUUGGAAGCCCAGGCCUCUCUGGACUGGCAAGCAAAUAAUCUCAACGGUUGUCCUAAACAUUACCCCCUCUUAUGCCGAAGGGCUGAACCUUGAGGCGAAAUCCAAGGUGCCAGGUCACCUGUGGGGGAAAGGGUCUUCAGAAGAUCGUGUUAUUUUCAUGAAUGGGGAAUUGCUUUGCGGUGUUCUGGACAAGUCCGCCUUUGGUGCAUCAGAUUACGGUUUAGUGCACUCAGUGUACGAGCUGUACGGUGCAGAAAUCGCAGGGCAGCUCUUGGGCAUCCUCAGUCGGUUGUUCACCAAGUUUUUGCAACACAGGGCUUUUACUUGUCGUAUGGAUGACCUUGCACUGACCCCUGAUGGCGAUCGUGCGCGGACUACGAUAUUGCGGCAGAAUGAAAGUCUCGGGACAGAGGGUGCCAUAGAAAACUUCCCGUCGCUGGCCAAUACGCCGAGAGAAGACAUCCCGGCGGCGCUGACCACACUCCUGGAAGAUGUUCUUCGGGACGACAACAAAAUGGCCGGACUCGAUGUUACUGUCAAGACGAAGCUAGCUGUGUUGACGAAGUCGAUCGCGGACGCUUGCAUUCCAGAUGGUCUCCUUCGCAAAUUCCCCCACAACCACAUGCAGACCAUGACCCAAUCCGGUGCCAAGGGUAGCGCAGUCAAUGCCCAACAAAUAUCAUGUGCUCUCGGUCAACAGGAGUUGGAAGGUCGACGUGUUCCGGUAAUGGUCAGUGGAAAGACGCUGCCAUCCUUCAAGGCAUUCGAAACUAGAGCUAUUGCUGGUGGAUACGUGGCAAGCCGGUUCUUGACUGGCGUAAAACCCCAGGAGUUUUACUUCCACUGUAUGGCAGGCCGAGAGGGACUUAUUGACACUGCAGUGAAGACAUCUCGCUCUGGGUACCUCCAACGAUGUCUCAUCAAGCACCUCGAGGGCAUCCGUGUCCACUACGAUAACACUGUUCGUGGGAGUGACUCGUCCGUCUAUCAAUUUCACUAUGGGGGUGAUGGUCUAGACGUCACAAAGCAGAAGCACUUAUUCCAAUUCGACUUCAUUGCUCGGAACAACAUCACACUUCUCAACCGUUAUCGCCCCAAGAACAUAUCCGGUGCGAUUAAUGACGUCGAUGCUCUCUCAUAUAUGAAGAAGGUACUCAAGAAGUCGAAUGUCCGGCCCAGUCCUUGGACCCUGUCACCUCGUGAACUGCUUUCUCCUGCGAUGGAUGUGUACAGCCCCAGUCGUUUCCUUGGCUGCACGUCAGAAAAGUUUGCAGAAGCCAUAGAAAAAUACAUCGAUUCACAUCCUCCGACCAUCAAGCGGAAGUCGCACCAAGAAGUCAUUCGACGAAGACAAGAGCCAAUGAAACCCAAGUACUUCCGUUUGUUGAUGAAUGUGAAGUACCUGAAGAGUCUUGUCGAACCUGGCGAGGCCGUGGGUCUUCUCGCUUCACAGGGCGUUGGCGAGCCUUCCACACAGAUGACGCUGAAUACCUUCCACUUUGCUGGGCACGGAGCUGCGAACGUUACUCUUGGUAUUCCUCGUUUGCGGGAGAUUGUCAUGACAGCAUCCCAGAAACCUAAAACCCCGUCAAUGACAAUGGAUGUUGUUCCAGGGACGUCCGAAAAGGAUAUUCAAACAUUCUGCAAGAGGGCCAACAGGCUUACGCUCUCUCAAAUCAUUGACAACGUCACAGUAAAGGAACGCCUUGUCGUCAACAACGACGCCCGGCGUACGGAAUUCCAAGUUGACAUCCAGUUCUUCCCUGAGGACGAGUACGUUGCCCAGUAUGAUAUACAAGCCGUCGAGGUUCUGGCCGUCUUUGGAGCUCGAUUUCCCUUCAUACUUAAGCGCGAGAUUAUGUCAGAAAUGAAGAAACUGGACGCCGAUCUCAGGCGCCAGAUGGAGCAGCUUGGCAAAGGGAAAGCCAGCAAGGAGCCAGUUGCUGGGGAGGAAGUUGAUGAGGUUGAAGAAGGGGACAAAGAAGGAAAGGGCAAUAGCAAGAAAGCAAAUGACAGCGAGAGUGAGCAAGAUGAUGACGACGUCGAAGAUGCUAAAGUUGCCAUGCGGAAAAAGGAAAAGUCGUCAUAUGAAUCUGACGAGGGAAGUGAUGUCUUCAAUGACGAUGUCAUCGAAGCUGCGUAUGCUUCUGAUGGCGGUGAAGCGGGUGACCCUCGAGAUUCUGAACGGCCGCUUAAACGGCGUAGCAGUCUCCAGGAUCAAGCCGAAGAGGUUGCUGAUUUGUUCCAACAGAAUCUCAAGCAGGCAGCAUCGUUCGAGUUUACUGCUUCUUCCUGUUCGUUCAAACUGGAGUUCACCGCGGACUUCCCGAAACUUCUACUUGUGGGAAUCGUUGAACAUGCCUGUCGAAAGACUGUCAUCCGGGAAAUCCCUAGGAUAGCGAAUUGCUUCAGCGUCGUAACAACGAAUAGCGGCAAAGAAAGAACGCGGUUAGCUACCAAUGGAUCUAAUUUGCAGGGUAUAUGGCAAUUCGCAAGCGGCCCGGACGACAGUAUCAUAAAUCUCGACACCAUCUAUUCGAACGACAUUUACUCGAUAUUACAGACUUAUGGAGUAGAGAUGGCGCGUGCAGCGAUUUUGCGUGAGAUUGCGGGCGUGUUUGAUGCGUACAAGAUAGACGUCGACAUCAGGCACCUCGAGCUGAUUGCGGAUUAUAUGACAUUCGAAGGCGGCUACAAGCCCUUCAACAGGAAAGGUCUUUCUACGAAUCCGUCGCCACUUCUCAAGGCCUCGUACGAAACGACUACUGCGUUCUUGUCGGAUGCCACUCUGCAUGGAGACUUUGACGACUUGACGACGCCGUCGAGUAACAUAGUUGUGGGGCGACCGAUCUUGACGGGGACGGGGGUGUUCGAUGUGGUGAUGCCCAUAGGCGUGUGACGAUAAGAUACGUUGUGUCACGCAUUAUUUGCUUGUGUUUGUGCAGUCGUCC